AUGGCUCAAACUUUUUGCCUUUCCCUGCAGCCGUUAAACACAACUGGUAUCCUGAGCUCCUCUUCUGCUACUUCCAACAGGUCAAGGAAUAGGACUCGCUAUCGGACCAAAGCCUUGAGCUCCGAGGUAGAUGAGAGCCUCUUUGGAGGUAUCAAGACCGCGGCCCAGAAUGACAGCCCCAUCGUGCUACUCCAAGAUAAACAGGCCAUUCGGAAAACUUUCACCGCUUUGGGCUUGGACCACAAGCCGGAGACCAUCCGGCUCAUCACUCGAGAUAUGGUCCGGGAACUCAUCAUUCCCACAAAGGAUCCCUCUGGGGAAUCCCUUAUCAUGAGUCCUGAGGAGUUUGCUCGGAUUAAAUGGGCAUCCCAUGUGCUGACCAGAGAAGAACUUGAGGCCAGGGAGCAGGCCUUCAGGAAGGAGAAGGAAGCCAUCUUGGAUGCAGUGACUACACGUAAGAAGGUCAUGAAACAGAAAGAAAUGGUUUGGAGGAACAAUAAGAAGCUCAGUGACCUAGAGGAGGUGGCCAAGGAAAGGGCCCAGAACCUGUUGCAAAGAGCCAACAAACUACGGAUGGAGCAGGAGGAGGAGCUCAAGGACAUGAGCAAGAUCAUCCUUAAUGCCAAGUGCCAUGCCAUUCGGGAUGCCCAAAUCCUGGAAAAGCAGCUGAUCCAAAAAGAACUGGAUGCAGAGGAGAAGCGGUUGGAUCAGAUGAUGGAGGUGGAACGGCAGAAAUCCAUUCAAAGGCAGGAGGAACUAGACAGGAAGAGGAGGGAGGAAAGAAUCCGAGGAAGACGACACAUUGUGCAGCAGAUGGAAAAGAACCAGGAGGAGCGAUCGCUGCUUGCUGAGCAGCGGGAGCAGGAAAAGGAGCAGAUGCUGGAAUACAUGGAGCAACUCCAAGAAGAAGAUCUCAGGGACAUGGAACGAAGGCACCAGCAAAAACUGAAGAUGCAAGCUGAGAUAAAGCGCAUCAAUGAUGAGAACCAGAAACAGAAAGCAGACCUGCUGGCUCAGGAGAAGCUGGCAGACCAGAUGGUGAUGGAGUUCACCAAGAAGAAGAUGGCUCGAGAAGCAGAGUUUGAGGCUGAGCAGGAAAGAAUCAGGAGGGAGAAAGAGAAGGAGAUUGCCCGCCUGAGGGCCAUGCAAGAAAAGGCCCAGGAUUACCAGGCAGAACAGGAUGCCUUGCGGGCCAAGCGCAACCAGGAGGUUGCAGACAGAGAGUGGCGCAGAAAAGAAAAGGAAAAUGCACAGAAGAAGAUGGAAACAGAGACCAAACUGCGGAAGAGUCGGCUGGAGCAGGUGGCUUUAAAGGAGCACAGUCUUGCUGUUCAAGUGCAACGGGACCGUGAUGAGUUUGAGAGGAUCCUUCGGGCUCAGAGAGAGCAGAUUGAAAACGAGAGGCUGGAGGAAGAGAAAAAAGCCACAGGGCGUUUACAGCAUGCCAACGAGCUCCGUCGCCAGGUGCGUGAGAACCAGCAGAAGCAGGUGCAGGACAGGAUCACCACCUUCGAGGAGGGCCGGCGCCUCCAAGAGGAGGCCCAGAAGCGGCGUGAGCGCAUUGAUGACAUAAAGAAGAGAAAGAUUGAAGAGCUGAGAGCCACUGGCCUUCCUGAGAAGUACUGCAUUGAAGCUGAGCGCAAAGCUAACAUCCAUCCAGCCACCUCUGUGAACUGAGGGGUGCCUCUAGCUACUCUGGAUGCCUGCAGGGGAAGGUUUCACCCAAUCUCUGGGUGUCCAUGAUUGCUGCUGACAUUUCGUAGUUACAGAUUAAAUCUAUUCUACUUUAA